GGCGUGGUCAAGCGCCAGUACUUGAAUCUGAUUGGCUGCUGGGCUCAAGGAGUUUUCAAAUCGAAGCAGCAGCUGACGGAGCGGAGCUGUCAAAACAGUCGACAGGAGGCGAGAGCAGAGACCGUCUGGCGCCAUGAGGACGAGUGAGUUUGACUCCUCAUCUGAAGAGGAGGAGAUCGGAGAGGAACAGCUGACACCCUUCCACAUCUCCUGGUUACCUCUGUCCAUAGUGGAGUGCUCACAGUUUAUCGGGAUAUGUGCACUACCAGGUUGCAAAUACAAAGAUAUCCGCAGGAGUCUGGAAAGAGAUGUUGAGGAGCUCCAGAACCAGGGGGUGCAGGAAGUGUUUGUUUUCUGCACCAGAGGAGAACUUAACAAGUACAGGGUUCCCUCCCUGCUGGACGUCUACCAGCAGCGAGGCUUCGAAGUUCACCACAUGCCCUUUCCAGACGGAGACGCUCCCGAGCUGGAGCAGUGCUGCCAGAUCCUCGAGGAGCUGCAGGUCAGCCUCGAGAACAGCAGGAGGACUGUGAUCCAGUGA